CCGGUAAAUGAGCCCCGCCAUCUUGUUGAACGGCAGAGGAGAAGAGCAGCAGAGAUGGCAGACUACAGCAGCGUGGCUCCCCCGUCCUCCAACUCUGGCGGUGGCAUGAAUGACGCUUUUAAAGACGCACUUCAGCGAGCAAGACAGAUUGCGGCAAAGAUUGGCGGGGAUGGCGUUGCGGCACCCCAAAGCAGCGAUUUCGGCUACGGAGGGCAGAAAAGGCCCCUGGAGGACGCUGGUGGGUAUUUUCCCAUGGCUAACCUGGAUAUCGAUCAACCAGAGACGAAGAAAGUAGCUACAAAUGAUGCCUUCUCAGCAAUGGCAGGAAUGGGUGGCCCGUCCAGAUCAUCAUCUGAAGAGUUUAAGGUUCCCGAUGGAAUGGUUGGAUUCAUUAUUGGAAGAGGAGGUGAACAGAUAUCACGGAUUCAGCAGGAGUCUGGGUGUAAAAUACAAAUAGCUCCUGACAGUGGAGGAAUGCCAGAAAGAUCGGUGACCUUAACAGGACCGCAAGACUCGAUUCAGGCUGCUAAAAGGCUGCUGUCAGAGAUUGUAGAGAAGGGCCGUCCAGCUCCAGCCUUUCACCAUAACGACGGACCGGGAAUGACAGUCCAGGAAAUCAUGGUCCCCGCCUCUAAAGCCGGACUAGUCAUUGGAAAAGGGGGGGAGACCAUCAAAAGUCUACAGGAAAGGGCUGGAGUUAAGAUGGUCAUGAUUCAGGACGGGCCGCAGAACACGGGUGCAGACAAACCGCUCCGGAUCUCCGGGGAGCCCUUUAAAGUUCAGCAAGCCAAAGAGAUGGUGAUGGAGCUGAUCAGAGAGCAGGGCUUUAGGGAGCAGCGGGGAGAGUACGGUUCAAGGAUCGGAGGGGAAAGCUUAGAUGUUCCCGUCCCACGGUUUGCUGUCGGAAUUGUCAUCGGGAGAAAUGGGGAGAUGAUCAAGAAAAUACAGAACGACACAGGAGUCCGGAUCCAGUUCAAGCCAGAUGACGGGAGCGCCCCCGACAGGAUAGCACAGAUCAUGGGGCCCCCCGAUCAGGCUCAGCACGCCGCAGACAUCAUCGCAGACCUGCUGAGGAGCGUCCAGUCCGGAGGACCUCCGGGACACGGAGGUGGGAGAGGACGUGGUCGGGGGCAGGGAAACUGGAACAUGGGCCCCCCUGGUGGCCUGCAGGAGUUUACCUUUACAGUUCCGACCAUGAAGACGGGCCUCAUCAUUGGGAAAGGCGGUGAGACCAUCAAGGGCAUCAGCCAGCAGUCUGGAGCUCGCAUCGAGCUGCAGAGGAAUCCGCCACCCAACUCUGACCCCAACAUCAAGAUGUUCACCGUCAGAGGCUCCCCUCAACAGAUCGACUACGCCAGGCAGCUGGUGGAGGAGAAAAUCGGGGGUCCAGUCACUCCCAUGGGUGGCCCACAUGGUCCUCCUGGCCCACACGGAGGACCAGGCCCACAUGGCCCUCCAGGUCCCCCUGGUCCCCCAGGAGGACCCAUGGGUCCGUAUAACCCCGGGCCGUACAACCAGGGGCCUCCAGGACCACACGGUCCUCCCGCUCCUUAUCAGCCUCAGGGGUGGGGCAACGGCUAUCCCCACUGGCAGCAAGGACAGCCUGAUCCAACAGAUAAAGCUGCAGCUGAUGCCAACGCAGCCGCAUGGGCAGCUUACUACGCCCAGUAUGGCCAGCAGCCGCAGGCCUCCAUGACUCCAACCAGCGGCGCUCCCGGCACCACUCAACCCAACGGCCAAGGUGACCCACAGGCUGCAGGUCAGAGUGGACAAACAGAUUACACCAAGGCCUGGGAGGAAUAUUACAAGAAAAUGGGUCAACAGAACCAGCAACCCCAAGACUACACAAAAGCCUGGGAGGAGUAUUACAAGAAACAAGGUCAAGCAGCCCCUCAGGCCACACCCCCAGCGGCGGCAGCAGCAGCAGGCUCUCAGCCCGGAGGCCAGCCUGACUACAGCGCCGCCUGGGCGGAGUACUACCGGCAACAGGCUGCUUACUACGGUACAGCCAACCCUCAGGCGAUGGGUGCAGCACCACAAGCCCCUCAGGACUUUACAGGGAUCCAGUGAGCGCGGCGUCCUCGCAGACCUAACCAAAACCCUUCCUUCCUGAACAGGUGUUUGUUUUAUUUUUGGAAGCUGAGUCAACUGUUUCUGCUGUUAACAUGCAACGUAUUUUCUAUGUAUUUCUUUUGCACAGGGCCAGUAAUGUGAAGUGGACAUAAAGUAAAUGCUACAUUGUCGAAACAAAAUCCUUUGUUAAAUGUUUGGAUGCAGACGCCUUCAAGAUCUUAAAUUUCCUUGGUUUGAAAGUGUUUCACGUAGAUGGCAGAUUUCCCGGCGAACACGUCCUCUGAUUUUCUUCUGUUCUUCCUUUUUUUCUUGUAAAUGCUUUGUUUUUAGUGAGGUAACUAUACAUAUGGUCAUUCCAGCCUUGUAUCUACAUUCAAUGUGGUUAGAACUCAUGUUUAUUAAACUGUAGACAUUACCAUGUAAAUCAUCUCAGUUUUAAAAAUGCUGUUGCCUGCUGUGUUUUUGCAAUAAAGCAAACUGAAACCUCCUGUGUUGGUAAGUUGGGGUGGUUGGAAAGGGGCGGGGCUGAACUUUUCUGUAUGUUUUUUUUGUUUGACUGGGAAGUGUGAGGGGGCGGGGUUUGGGUUCAGAUGUCUGAUGACGGUUUGUUUUGGAAGUUGUGCUCUCCUGUCUCUCUCCAACUGCCUCUAAGGCUGACAGUAAGAAGCGCGCGACGAUCGCCAUCCACUAAACGUCGGCGCUGAUAAACGAUCAUGUUGCUGUCGUGACUGUAGCAGUAGAGCCGUUCAUCCUGAGAUGGUUGACAUGUAUCUGUGACAAAUUCCAUGCAUUGACUGCGUUGCAGUAGCCCUCUUCUUGUCUAUAUUGUUAAGCUAGUAUGCACUGUUUGCCUUGAUAGUCUCCUCUUCCACAGGCAAGUGUAGAAAAAAAAGCGGUAAGCAGGUAUUCUGAACAUGUUUUUAAAGAAAUGUCCCGUAUUUUAUUAUUUUUUUAGUGUUAUUUCUGUCUGCUGUUCUUUCUCCAGGACAGUCAGGUAAACAGCCAAUGUAUAAGCAAAUGUCUCUCCAUGCCCAUGUCCAGAUGUGUGCACAUUUGUUUUCCCUUUUUUUUUAAAGAAUUAAUGUUUUUUUAAUAUAAAAACAUUGCAAAAAUCA